AUGGCUACCUCAAUCUUUUGCUGUGCCGCCAUUGCGCCCUACCGCCCCCAGCGUCUCAUGCACGAGGACAAAUUCGACUCAUUCUGCAAUUGGGCAGCCUUUCCAAAACAAUCAAGGGUCGAAAGUGCCUCUGGUACAAAACUCCCCAGUGCAGGCUUUGCGGUCCAGCUUGUCCGGCAAGUCAACUAUGGCCCGCUCGAGUCAAAGAGAUAUUUCAUCCCUUGGCCGGAGAAUACCUUUGCCGAAGUCGACGAAGAUGAGCUGAUUCAAGGAAACUUUGCUAAGCUCAACACGUACAAGAAUUUCAGGUGCCAGACGCACGACAAGUUCUUCGAACUCAACAUAUAUCAGAAGGACCCGGUCAAUCUACACCAUUGGCGCGCAAACUUGGCAAGACCGGCGCGUGAUAUUGAUUUACAGACGCCCCGUAUGACAUUGGCAAAAGGAGACGCCUCUUCGGCUGGCACUUCUCGUUCCGCAGCGCUUGCUGGUUCAGGGAUCAUGUCAGCGGCGAACGAGAAGAACGAGCAUGCUGGAACUUUGUGGCAGCGCGAAUCAUUUUCCGACAGAUACUCACUAGUGAAAGACUUGACUGCAUGUGAUCAGGAGUGUGGCUACUGUGGAGAGUGCGACUACUAG